GCGCACCCACCGAGAAAAGCUCUCCCCGGCGGAUUACACGGCUGGCCAACGCCCCGAUUCCCGCCCACCCGCACUGAGGCUGCGCGGCGGUGCCAGCCUUUUACGACGGGCCGGAAAGCAGAGGUCACAGCGGCAUAACGUGGGCCAGACAGCAAUGGGGAAAAUCGCGCUGCAGCUCAAAGCCACGCUGGAGAACGUCACCAACCUUCGACCAGUGGGUGAGGACUUCCGGUGGUAUCUGAAGAUGAAAUGUGGCAACUGCGGUGAGAUUUCAGAGAAGUGGCAAUACAUCCGACUGAUGGACAGUGUGGCGUUGAAAGGUGGCCGUGGCAGUGCCUCCAUGGUCCAGAAGUGCAAACUGUGUGCACGGGAAAACUCCAUUGAAAUUUUGAGCAGCACCAUCAAGUCUUACAACGCUGAAGACAAUGAGAAGUUCAAGACAAUAGUAGAGUUUGAGUGUCGUGGCCUUGAACCAAUUGACUUCCAGCCCCAGGCCGGGUUUGCUGCUGAAGGUGUGGAGUCAGGGACAGUCUUCAGUGACAUCAAUCUGCAAGAGAAGGACUGGACAGACUAUGACGAGAAGGCUCAGGAGUCUGUGGGGAUCUUCGAGGUCACCCAUCAGUUUGUGAAAUGCUGAAUUAUGUUCCUACAAACUUGCCCGGAAGAACUGAGAGGAGAAAAGGGCCCUGAGCAGCAAAUCCCACGGAGGCUUCUCAUCGCAAUCUCCUAGCACCUGUACCAGCCCUCACAGUCUGCAUGCUGGGGUUUGUCACGGUUCUGAGUCCCACCAAUAAAGCCCCACUGGUGUGUGAA